AUGAAUAGUCUGCGUACCGAAGUCGAGGAAGCUCGCCAGGAAGCAGAUCAAUUAAAAGCCGAGAAUAAAGUGCUUAACGAUACAUUGUCGGCGAAAGAACAAGAAAAUUCCGCCCUUCAGAACAAGGUAUCCACUCUUGAGAGUGAUUUGGAUGCAGCCGAAAAAUCUUUAAGGGAAACAACAGACAAACUCCGUGCCCUCGAGCUCGAAAAAGAGCAUACGGAACGAAAAUUGACAAAUAGUGAGACUCUACGUGUCGAGUUAGAGAAGAAACUCGAGGAUCUUAAAGAAGAAAAUCAGAAAUCUAAGCAAGAACUGGAAGAAGCCAUGGCCGCUCUAGAGG